AUGAGACAACUACUACUCGGUCUCUGUCAUCUAUUCAUUGCAAUUUGGGCUUCUACCUGCUCCAAAGGAGAUGGCUAUAACACUCAGAAUCAUUGCAUUCAUGUUGAGACCGAGCCAAUGACUUGGAGAGACUCUGAAUCGUUUUGUGUUGCACGUGGCGGUCAUCUCACUUCUGUACGGAAUCAGUUCGACAACAAUUUGAUCCAAUCUCUUGGCGAGUCUACCAAUUGCAAGUACUAUUGGACGGGAGGUUACUGUAGCGGUGGAAACUGUUCGUGGACUGAUGGAACCCCUUUUCAGUACACGUUCUGGGACAAAGGACAACCAGAUUCGAACCAGUGUAUUUCUUCAUACGUUGGCACAGGAGAAUGGCACACUAUCGAUUGUGGGACAAAGGAAUGUUUCGUCUGCGAAACUCUUCAAGCAAUGACUGAUUGCGCUGAUUGGUAUAAUGUUGGAUACAAGGAUAGUGGAGAAUACAGAAUAGUCCUCAACAACGUUUCUUACAACGUCCUUUGCGACAUGAACAACGGCGGAGGAUGGACCGUAUUCCAGAGCAGAGUGGACGGGAACGAAUCAUUCUGGGAUCGAAAAUGGGAUGAGUACAAAAAUGGAUUCAAUACAGAGCAAAUGAAUAAAAACUCAAACUUCUGGCUAGGACUCGAAGCACUUCAUCAGCUCUCGAUCAAAGAUGUUGAUGUGACGUUAAGAAUAGAAAUGAAUGGUGAUAGAACACCAGGAUCCGAAAAUCCUAACGACUUCUGGUUUGUCGAAUAUACUGAGUUCAAGGUGGGACCUGAAGAGACGAAUUACACGCUACAGAACAUGUAUGUGGACUGGGAACAUGUCCAAGGAAACGCAUCCACAGGGUGGUAUGUGUAUUAG